GGUUCGGCGGUUCGUGCACAGGUGAUCGUGCUGUGACGCAGUAUGAGUGAAUGCCUAGCAGUGGAUUUACUAUCGAUCAAUUAGGUAUCUCCGGCUCAGUCGUCAUUAACUACCGUACCGCGUUUAGAGCUGUGCUAGUUGAAUCGGCACUAGAUUGGUCCGAUGUGAGUUUUUGGUUCCAGUUUAUUGUUUGAACAAGUCAGUGCUUUCAUGAUUUUUACUCACGAAUAUUCAGUGUUUUGAAUUCUCCAAUUUAUGUUAUUGACUUUCAUCACGCGACAGCUCACGAAACAUGAGUUAUGGAAGGUGAUUAAUGUGUAAUUGCUAUGAUAGAAGCAGCGACGAUUGAUUGCCAAUAAAAUGCCUACUAACGAGGAGUUCGAGCUGACCUCGACGCCGAUGCUAAACUUUGUUCCUUCAACGUUGAAGUUUCAGAAUGUGUACUACUCAGUCGACGGGAAAGCUAUUCUAACGAACGUCUCCGGCGUGUUCAAACAUGGCCGUUUGGUGGCACUGAUGGGUCCGUCCGGUGCCGGGAAGUCAUCCCUGUUGAACGUGCUGGCGGGAAUGAAUCUCUACGGGUUGGUGGGAUCGAUCGUCAUAAAUGACGAACCGGUUGAAGAGAACGAUCCCCGAAGUGUUUACGUGGAACAAGACUGCCCCCUGAUCAACUACCUAACAGUUCGAGGAACGAUGACUUACGCUGUUGAUAUGAAAAUGCCCCGGACAACGUCAGCCAAGGAGAAAAAGAAUAAGAUCAAGGAAAUUUUAGAACUCCUAGGAUUGGAUAAAUGUUCCGCGACCCUGGUCAAAAAUCUAUCCGGUGGAGAACAGAAACGGUUGGCAGUCGCCGUAGAACUGAUCACCAACCCUGCGGUUAUGCUACUGGAUGAACCAACUAGCGGCCUGGAUAGUGUUGCAUCGAUGCAGAUCAUAUCGCAUCUGAAGUCGUUGGCAAUGGGAGGGCGAACGAUCGUUUGUACCAUCCAUCAACCGGCGUCCAAUCUUUUUCAGCUCUUCGAUGACGUUUUCCUACUGGUCAAGGGUCGUUGCCUGUACUCGGGAUCGGUAGAAGCGAUGAUACCAAAGUUGGACUCUGUCGGGUUCAGUUGUCCAGAGUACUACAAUCCAGCGGAUUUUGCGAUCGAAGUGCUCACAUCCAACAAUGAACCGGCGAAGGAAGCUCUGAUCGCACAGACUGCCACUGAGAUGAAAACUUUGUUCGAAGGAGGCGCUUCCAGUCCGACUCUGGACCGUGGGAAUGCGGUAGUAAAACGAUAUCAGACUCCAUUUUGGUAUCAGUUUUUAGUUUUGUUCAAAAGAUGUGCUAUUUCCAGUGCUAGGGAUGAGUUUUUCCUUCAAAUUCGACUUGGUCUAUACUUCGCUCUGGGAGUAGUCUACGGAGUGGUUCACUACGACGCGGGAAACGACGCCACCAAAGUGGUAUCGAAUGUGGGGUGCUUUUUUCAACUCUUCGCAAUCGUUUACUUCGCUAACACCACUGCCGUGGUCAACUACUCCGAGGAAGCCAAUGUCUCCAUCAAAGAGAUCGCCAACAACUGGUACUCUAGGGAGGCGUAUUUCUUCUCGAAACUAUUCAGUGAUAUCCCACUGCAGAUCGCCUGCCCGACGGUGAUGCUUCCGACCUUGUACUACCUCAGUAAUCAACCGUGGGAUCCGAUGCGAUUCGUCAUGGUUUGGGCUAUGUUUCUGCUCGGUGGAAUCAUUGGCCAGUGCAUCGGACUGUUCGCGGGGAUCUGUUUCGAUUCCAAAACGCGAAACUUUGUCCUGGGCAACGCCUGUAUCGUGCCGCUGCUAUUCUCGGGAUUUCUGGUCAAUGCCAAAGAUUUGGUACCGUACCUGAAACCGUUCAGCGAGGUGUCCUUCUUCAGGUAUCAGUUUCAAGGAACGAUGCAAGCGUUGUACGGUUUCGGAAGGGAAAACUUGGACUGCCCGCAGAUCUACUGUUACUUCAAAAAGCCGGCCAGUCUUCUGGAGCAGUUCGAUGUUGAUCCGGAUGGUUACUGGAGGAAUUUAGCGGUACUGGGAUCCAUUGUGGUGAUUUGUCAUGUCAUUAUUUAUUGUGCAUUUGUUGUCAGGUUAAGGAAGAUAAAAUAAACUUUAAUCGAUGUGUUUCUGUUACUGCUGUGUAAGGAAUAUCUUAGGAAUAUAAAACUUUCUGAAAAGUUAUAAAUAAAGCAUUAGAUUAGACUUUCA